UCGGCGACUAGUGAGAGAUCGUUUAAUUCAAGGGUUUUGGAACCUCGCAGCUAAAAGCGCCCCACAAAUUCCUCUAUUUCGCCUUUGUUGGUGAGAGCAGAGCAAAGAAGAAGAAGAAGAAUGGAGGGGAUAACGGAGGGAGUGAACAACUUGAACAUCACUGAUUCAUCAGCCUCCAACAACAAGAAGAACCGUAUCCAAGUCUCCAAUACCAAAAAACCCCUCUUCUUCUACGUUAAUCUCGCCAAGAGGUACAUGCAGCAAUACGAUGAGGUGGAACUCUCUGCUCUUGGAAUGGCCAUUGCUACUGUUGUUACCAUUGCUGAGAUAUUGAAGAACAACGGGCUUGCUGUCGAGAAGAAAAUCAUGACUUCUACUGUUGACAUGAGAGAGGAAUAUGGGGGACGGCCAGUUCAAAAAGCAAAAAUUGAAAUAGUGCUGGGGAAAUCAGAGAAGUUCGAUGAGUUGAUGGCAGCCACCGCCGAGGAUGAUUAUAUAAUGACGGGCAGAGCUGAGAUAUUACUCCCUUAAUUUAAGCUUGUGUUACUUGAUCUUGGACCGCUUUAACUGUUAUUUUCUUGUUCGGUCGUACGGAAUUGGAGCCUACUGUCUGAUAUGAUUUGGAAUUUUUGUAAAAUACAUUCCCUUUGUUUCAGAUUUGUUGCUAAUUAA